CAAGCCCUUGGUUUUGUCAACGCCAAGCACAAGUCAGUGAUGAUGCGAGACGGAAAUCCACAGAGCCAAGCCGGUGCCAAGAGCUCCCAAGAGCCUUGGAACUCCCAAACACUCAAAGCCAAGGCUCGGCGAUAGCACACCGUCGGAACCUCCCAGCUGCGAUUUAUUCCUGCCCUUUCCCAUUCUUUCAAUCGUCCCCGUCCACCUCCAUUUUUUUCCCAUCCACCGCAUCGUCGCCAAACAACGCCACCACGAGCUGCCCGCGCCUUUGCAGCACCCAUCUCGCCCAUUUCCCUGUCGCCCCGACUCCACGCCAAGAUAAUUACAUGAAACGUGAACCCUGCUGCCGCGCCAGGCCGAAUGAGCAGCAACCGCAGCACCGCAACCCGCCUACCAACCCACGCCGUCUGGAGCGACGAUGGAGCCUGGGGAAGCAGAAGACCCUGAAGACCACAGGAUCGAUCGGCGGCGGCAGCGGCAGCGGCAGCAGCAAGCGCAGGCGACAUGCGCGGGUACGCAGCAGCAGCGGCAGCGCGCCACAAAGUCGUGGCUCACGGCGCGGACGGUCCUCGAGGGCUUUUCUGCCCUGAUCUCAAUAGCCCUGCUGGGUCUGGGCAUCAAAAUGGCGGCGUCGUACGACACGGCGCCGCUGAUCCAUGUAUCGGUUGCCUUUGUCGGGUUCGCGGCGGCGGCAUCCAUCGCAUGGCCGUGCCUCGAGUUCAGCACCAUGUGGCUGCGCCGCGACCACCGGGGCAUCUACCCGGGCGCGCACGUCGGCGUGCACAUCUGCCUGUUCCUGGCGAGCGUGGCCGUCAUCGGCUACGUGUGCCUGUGGGUCUCGGAGGGCGACCACUGGAAGUACGUCGUCGUCCACGGCCAGAACAUGGAGUACUCGCCGCUCUACCACAUGGGCAUCGCCGCCAUGGCGCUUGCCGUGGUCCUGUUCCUGAUACACUUCAUCCUGUCCAUCCUCGCGUGCCGAGAAAUCAGACGGAAGGACUACGCGGACGAGACGUUUGUGACGGUCGUCGUGCGCUACGACGGCGUCGGCCCCGAGGGGACCGCCCGGCCGCGGGGCUACCACGUGUCCCCGGCGGCCAUCAACCUGCCGGCGUACGCGGCCAGAGAGACGUCCACUACCAGCCUGGCGCCGGCGCCGGCAGUCAUCCCCACGGGGGACCUCGGGAGGGUUGACGUGAGCGAAGAGUUUGCCGUCUACGAAACGCGGUCUGAGAACCCAGAGAAGCCGGGCCGGUCUGGGCUGAGGUAGUAGGUAAGGUAGUAUACCCUAGAGGUUGUGGGCUUGUGACGAAGGGGCGCGGCGGUCAAGCGUCAGCUCUGUAUUAUUCUACGUAUCUAAUGGGCUGGCUUGGGAUGGGAGGUUAAGGUCUAGCACGGAGUCAGGG